AGAAGAAGAAGAAGGAGGAGGAGGAGAAGGAAACGGAAAUCUAGCCUGGGUUGUUGACUAAAUCGUACUUGGUUUAGCAGAGGUGUUCUCCCUUUUCUAAUACAUAAUACCGGAUCCCCCCUGAGAUUAAUUGGCUUCAGUCAUGCCACAGUUCAGCCGUUCGGCCUCUCGGAGUCCCCGGCACGUUCGAACCCGCUCUCGCUCCCGCAGCCGGGAGAGGAGCAUAUCUCCGAGCAGCUUCGGGCCCAAACUACCGAGGCCUCGCGACAGGGAGCGUGAGCGACAGGAACGGGAGCACCGACUUCGGGAGGCGAAGACUAUUAAGCGGUUCCGAAUCGGAAGCCCCCACCGUAGUCGAUCCCGAGAACGGUACUCCAGCGGCGGCCAAAGUCACAACCGCUGGUCCGAGCAGAGAGACGCUUCGUGGCGGUAUGGCUCCAGAGACGAUUUUUACCACGACCAACAGAGAGACGAUGCCCAAAGACAGAGACAAGAAGAAUUCAUGGCAAGGCGGCUGAAGGAGCGAGAGAGGAUCGGCGAGCAAGGUUGUCCCGAAGUUUGGGGAUAUUCGCCGAGGGUGAAAGAAGAAGACUCUGAUGAAUUCACACCCGUUGAAGAUGACGGGAAUAAUGUCAGCUCGGCAUCAAACUCGGGAGAUGAAAAGAGGAAGAAAAAGAAGAAGUCCAAGAAGAAAAAGCAUAAGAAGCAGUCAGACAGCGGUAUGGAGUCCGACGCAGAUGAAGACGGAGUAAAGAAAAAGAAGAAUAAGAAAAAGAAGAGCAAGAAGUCCAAGAAGUCCAAGAAAAAGAAGGCGAGAAAAAGCCGAAAGUCGUCGAGCGACUCCAGCAGCAGUGAGUCUGAGGAAGAGGACGAAGACGCUGGCGAGGUGAUGUGGGUUGAGAAAGGCUCCGCUGAAGAUAAUCUGGUGGGACCUGAAGCGCCGCUCACACUCCUGUCUCAGGAUGAGAGACCUUUAGAUUUUGGUCAUGCGCUGCUGCCAGGUGAAGGUGCGGCCAUGGCGGAAUACGUUAAAGCCGGAAAACGUAUUCCAAGGAGAGGAGAAAUUGGCCUGACAAGCAACGAGAUUGCAGACUUUGAAAAAUCAGGCUACGUCAUGAGUGGCAGCAGACAUCGCCGCAUGGAGGCCGUGCGUCUGCGAAAGGAAAACCAGAUCUACAGCGCGGACGAGAAAAGAGCGCUGGCCUCUUUCAAUCAGGAGGAAAGACGGAAAAGGGAGAGCAAGAUCCUGUCCAGCUUCAAAGAGAUGGUCUACAGGAAGACCAAAGGGAAAGAGGAAAAGCCAUGAUACAAACAGCUCCACUUCGAGCGCGUUUGAAUGCGAUUAUGUAAAUACCACCAUUUUUUGCAAGAUACAUCAAUUUGUUUUCGUUUGCUAUUUUUCAAGUUGCAAAUCAAUUAGUAAAAUGACUUUUGCAACUAAUAA